AUGUGUUCCUCAUUUGCCAAUUUUGUCUCAAAGUUUGUUUCUUUUUUUUGUUGUUUUUCAUCUUCUACAAAUAUUUUUGAACCAGGCCGACGAUAUGAACUACAUACACCGUGAAAAGCCAUACAUGCAAAACCCUGUUUAUUUUAAUAACAGUGAUGAUAAUGAUAAUAAUAGAAGUUUAUUCAAGCGCCCCACGGUGUGAACUCGACUCAAAGGCCAAAAAUCCUGAAGGAAACUUCUUUUUUUCUCCGAGUUCUCAAAACUACUUCUCAAAAAAAAGAGAUGUAUUUCUCAAGUUGCGUUUAUUUCAACUAAAAAUUUUUAAAUUAUAUUAUUUAACAUCUAACUUGAUUUUUCAUAUAAACUGGAAAGAAAGCCGUUAAAAACAGAAAAAAGAAUGUACCGUACUAAUUCUCACACUGUAAUCAACGUUUCUAUAUUUUUUGUGGGCUAUCCUUUCAAUGCAACGACAAGAGCGUGUUUUACAAUAUAGCUUUUUUUUUCAAAUAGCUUCUCUGAGUUUUGAGUUGUAAAUCAAAAUGGGGAAAACGCGGAAUUGGAAAAGGCGUUCUUGCCGUAGCACCUUCCUUUUCAUAUUUUUCUCCAAACACCAAAAUACCUGUCAAAUCGAAAAAAGAAAGAAAAAAUGCAGAUUCGUUCAAAAAACAAAUUAUCAAAGAAAAUCUUGAGAUGGCACUCGGAUCCUGUGACUCUCUUGUCGUGGUCGAGAAGAAACUGUGACAAAAUUCAUCCGAGACCAGCAGACAUGUCUUGCGAUGACAUUGUUCAGGUAUCGUAUCAGAAAUUUUAAUUCGAAUGUUCAUUCAUUUCUCUUUUUGCAUUUUCAGUUUGUAUCGGAUUGCAAUUACGGGGGCACUAUAGAAGCUGACCAGUCCGUGCAACCUGUCGCCGCUUCGUAUCCAGUAAGUCAGUUUUCCUUGAAGCCCAAGAAGGAAAAGAAAUUUCAGCCCGUUUACAAUUUACCCAAAGUACUUCCCAAGUACAUUUACUACAAUUCUCGGACAGCAAGCGACUAUGGACAAUUUGGAAAUUGGUUUAAACGUCCAAAUGCGGUUUGUAAAAUUUUUAUUUGAGGUAUUACCCAAACUAUUAUCCUCCGACGUAUUUGGGAUACUACGAUGGUCGUCCGGCUAGUAUUGCUCAGCUAGAAAACGACUAUUCUUUCGCUAGAGGCGGUCACUAUCCUUUCAACAGGUGAAAAUAAUUGGCUGAUCAAUUAAAAAAAAUUAAGGAAAUUGAAACCGCGUGUGCCGUUCUGCGGGAAGGGCUAAAAUUUGCGUCAGAUAUAGAUUGCAAUCACUGAGGAACUUGAUUGAGGAAGGUCGUAUUACAGAGCUGACAAUAUCGUGAACAUUGGACUUCAACAAACCUCACUUCCUACAUGCCUCCAUGAUCUGUUCUACUGCGUUCGAGCCGCCAAUAGUCAAAAUGCCGGCCAAUAUAACGUAUAACUUCACUUCUGAAAUAAUUUAAAGUUGAAUUUGGAGAGCUACCGAGAAUACGCGAUACAGCAAGACGCUCGGGCCCGAGAAGUCGAACGGCGACAGCGGAACAAAGACAGCGACUGA